AUGAAAGCCAUCAAAGAGUUCAAUGCUUUGCCUGGUGUCCAGACUCAUUCGUGCAACGACUCUGCCACGACUCUGAGUGUUACGAUAUUCACCAGUGAAGAGAUCUCCUCCCAAAAAAUAUAUUUUACAAAAAUUAUUCAACUCUUGGAAAAAGAGCUAUUUUGGAUAUACCGCAGGCCUGAAACCAUUCAGAUCGAGAAUCGAGGAUCGCGAAUCGAGGCGAUGGCUGCUCUGGUUAUGGACAUUGGCUCGGGGAUUUGCAAAGUCGGUUUUGGUGGGGAUGAUGCUCCGACCGCCAUCUUCCCAUCGAUUGUCGGCCGACCCCGUCACGUGACUGCAAUGUUGGGAAUUGGGUCAAACCGUCCGUAUGGAGCAGGCCGUGUCGAAGCCUAUGUGGGCGAUGAGGCGCAGAAGUCCCGCGGUGUGCUGGCCCUGAAGUAUCCCAUAGAGCGGGGCGCUGUCGUUGACUGGGAUGACAUGGAGAAGAUCUGGCAUUACGCCUUCCACAACGUCAUGGGGGUGGCGCCGGAGGAGCAUCCCGUGCUGCUGGCAGAGCCACCGCUGAACGCCAAGGCCAGCCGCGAGACGGUGACCCAGAUCAUGUUCGAGAAGUUCGACACCCCGGCCAUGUACCUGGCCGUCCAGGCGGUGCUCACCCUGUACGCCACUGGCCGCACCACCGGCAUGGUGGUGGACUCCGGCGACGGGGUCACCCACAGCGUUCCCAUCUUCGAGGGCUAUGCCGUGACGCACGGCGUCUCGCACCUGGAGCUGGCAGGACGCGACCUCACCGACUACAUGAUGAGGAUCCUGCACGAGAGUGGCAGCUCGUUCCAGACCACCGCCGAGCGGGAGAUCGUGCGAGAUCUCAAGGAACGGCACUGCUAUGUCGCCCUGGACUUUGACCAGGAGAUGCACAAGGCGUCGGUCGAUUCUUCGCUGCAAAAGUCCUACCAGCUGCCCGACGGACAGACGGUUUCCGUCGCCAGCGAGCGUUUCCGAUGCCCCGAGGCGCUGUUCCAGCCGGGGCUCCUGGGCGUGGAGUCCUGUGGCGUUCACGAGGCCACAAAUAAGUCCAUUCUGAAGUGUGAGGUCGACAUUCGCAAGAAUCUCUACAACAACAUUGUGCUCUCCGGCGGCACCACCAUGUUCGCGGGCCUGCCGGAGCGUCUGCAGAAGGAGCUGAACCUCCUGGCGCCUUCCACCACGAGAAUCAAGAUAGAUGCCCCUUCAGAUCGCAGCAUCUCCGUGUGGCUCGGCGGCUCGAUUCUCUCCUCGCUCUCGGUGUUCCAGCAGAUGUGGGUCACCAAAGAGGAUUACGAUGAAGUGGGCCCCAGCAUAGUGCACCGAAAGUGUUUCUAGGGAGAAGACUAUCAAAAGCACUACAUUUAGGGUUCCUCGUGUUAGCCAUUACUUAUUGUAUUCCAAAUUUAUGUGGAAUUUAUUUGUUUUAAAUAUACUUUAGGAA